AGGCUCGAGGGUCGUGGGGUGAGCCUCAUAAACCUGUGGCAGCGCUGGAGCAGAGCGGAAACCCCUCCCGAUUCCCAACUCAACUCCUCCAACCCCAGUCAAAGAAAAGAGGAAUACCGAGGAAUCAGGAAACACGGAGAAAUACCACAAUACACCUUUACAGAAAAGGCCAGGCAGCAUUAGCAGGGCAGCGCUAGCAGCGGCUAACGUCCCACCAGCACAGGGAAGCCAAUGAACAUGUUCACAGUAACAAUGCAGACCUGAGCAGCACACCCCAUUGAACGAGAGAGAGCGCACGUGCCUUGCGAGCAAGAUGGGGUUCGGCCAGGACCUGCGCAACUCCCACGAGGGUCUGGUGAAGCUGCAGGACUGGGAGCUGAAGCUGCUGGAGACGGUGAAGCGGUUCAUGACCCUGCGGGUGAAGAGUGAUAAGGAAUAUGCAUCGCUCCUGCUCAACAUCAGUCAGCAGGUGGACAAGCAUGACAACUCCUCUCAGAUCCACUAUGUCAGUACAGUGUCCAAGUCGUGGACUCACAUGGUUCAGCAGACGGAGCAGUUGAGCAAGAUUAUGAAGUGCCACGCUGAGGAGCUCAACUCAGGGCCUCUCCACCGCCUCACAAUGAUGAUCAAAGACAAGCAGCAGGUGAAGAAGAGUUACCAAAGCCUCCACCAGCAGAUCGAGUCUGAGAUGCACAAGGUAACUAAAAGCGAUCUUGAGAAGUUGAAAUGCACCUACAGGCAGUUAACUAAGGAUGCUGUCUUAGCAAGAGACAAAUACAAGGAGGCUGUUGUAAAAGGCAAAGAGACUGAAAAAGCCCGUGAGCGUUACGACAAAGCCACCAUGAAGCUGCAUAACCUGCACAACCAGUAUGUGCUAGCGGUGAAAAGCGCACAGCUGCAUCAGGAGCACUAUCAUGAGACCGCACUGCCUCUGCUGCUGGACUCUCUGCAGAAGAUGCAGGAGGAGAUGAUCAGUGCACUUAAGGGGAUUCUGGAGGAGUACAGUGAAAUCACCAGCCUGUUAACAGAUGAAAUAGUGAAGGUCCACAAAGAAAUACACACUUCCAUCGACCAAAUCGAUCCACUGUCAGAGUAUGACAACUUCAUCGAAGUUCAUAAAUCACCAGAAGCCAAAGAAGCAAAUGUAGAAUUUGAUGCAACGCUAUUAGAAGAAACUGAGAAUCUUCAAGCAAAUGAGAUUCUGUGGAAUAAUUUGACAGCAGACAGUUUACAAGCAAUGCUGAAGUCCACCUCAGAGGAGCUGCUCCUAACCCAGCAGAGUCUGCGCAGCAAAGAGGACCUCAUGCUGGACCUGGAGAACAAACUAGAGGAAUCUACCAAAACCUAUGAGAAGAAAUCAGAUGUGGUGUUGUUACUCAGUCAGAAGCAGUCGCUGGAGGAGUUGAGACAGACGGUCCAGCUGCUGCGCUGUUCGGAGGCCAAACUAAUGGCACAGAGAGAACUACUAGAACAGAAGAUGCAAGAGAACGAGGGCAACGAACCACCGCCUGUCGUCAAUUAUGAAGAGGAUGCCCGCUCAGUCAACUCAAUGGAUAAAAGCAAAGACAAGGUAUCGAAGUUUGACACCCUCAGACACUCCAUCGCUGGAAUCAUCCGCUCGCCCAAGUCUGUACUGGGCUCUUCAUCAUUUUUUGAUGUGAUACCCACUAGUGAGAAACCGCUGGGCGAGCAAGAGUGGUAUCACGGUGCCAUUCCCAGGACAGAGGCCCAGGAGCUGCUGAAGCAGCAGGGAGACUUCCUGGUGCGCGAGAGCCACGGCAAACCUGGAGAAUAUGUGCUGUCUGUGUUCUCAGAUGGACAGCGCAGACAUUUCAUCAUUCAGUUCGCUGAAAAUCAGUACAGAUUUGAAGGCACUGGCUUCCCCACCAUCCCACAGCUCAUAGAGCAUCAUUACACAACUAAGCAAGUCAUCACCAAGAAAUCUGGGGUCGUGCUCCUGAACCCUGUCAUAAAGGAUAAGAAAUGGAUUCUCAAUCAUGAGGACGUCAUUCUUGGAGAACUCCUUGGGAAAGGAAAUUUUGGUGAGGUUUUUAGAGGAACGCUGCGAGAUAAAACCCUGGUGGCCGUGAAAACUUGUAAGGAAGAUCUACCACAAGACCUCAAGAUAAAGUUCCUCUCAGAAGCCAGGAUCCUGAAGCAGUAUGAUCACCCCAACAUUGUGAAGUUAAUAGGCGUCUGUACCCAACGGCAGCCCAUUUACAUAGUAAUGGAGCUCGUACCAGGCGGGGACUUUUUAUCAUUCUUAAGAAAGAAAAAAGAGGACCUCAAGACAAAGCAACUGGUAAAGUUUGCAUUAGACGCUGCUGCCGGAAUGGCAUACCUGGAGCUAAAAAACUGUAUACACAGAGAUCUGGCUGCUCGCAACUGCCUUGUGGGAGAGAACAAUGUGCUGAAGAUCAGUGAUUUUGGGAUGUCCCGCCAGGAGGACAAUGGCAUCUACUCCUCAUCAGGACUGAAACAGAUCCCAAUCAAGUGGACUGCACCGGAAGCACUGAACUAUGGGAGAUACAGCUCAGAGAGUGAUGUGUGGAGUUAUGGGAUCCUCCUGUGGGAAACCUUCAGUCUAGGAGUGUGUCCUUACCCAGGCAUGACCAACCAGCAGGCACGAGAACAGGUCGAAAAAGGUUACAGAAUGUCCUGCCCGCAGAAGUGUCCAGAUGAGGUGUACAGGAUCAUGCAGAGAUGUUGGGAGUACAAGCCUGAGAAUCGACCCAAAUUUGUCGACAUUCAGAAAGAACUGGCCUCUGUCAAGAAAAAAUAGCCUUUAAUGAGGAAAUGGCUGGAAGGCCUAACUCAUACUUCACAUCCAGGUGAUCCCUAAUCUGCAGAGAGAAACACAACGAAUGUUUCUCCCUCGAAAUGACAUGCUAUUAUUGUACUAAAGAGUACUCCGUCACAUAAUCUGUGUGAACUGCCUAUGCACCAGCUGUUUUGAGCCAUUAGCAUGGAGAGAGGUCUCAGCUUUGCUCUGAUGUCAAAAUUAUGCAGAUUUCGUUUUGUUCUUCUCUGAAAAAUUUUGAUUUUGAAAAGUGUUUUUGGUCCAAUCAGUGAGGGUUAGUUGGGUCCAAUGUUGUUUUAUACUCGAUUCACUUUCAUUAUAUAGACAAAACAUUCUUCAAUAUGUGUUCUCCAGAGGAAAGAAAAAGUCAUGCUGGUUUUGGAAGGACGUGGGUGAAUAAAUGAUGACAAACUAUCCCUUUACAAUAUGGAAAUUAAUGUGUGAAGAUGGACUGUUUGUCCACCCAAUAACAAGAUUGCUUUUUCUUUUCUUUUUUUUUUAAGUCCUAAAACCUAAUGGUUUGGGGAGUUUUACAGUCAAGCCAUUUUAUGCCAUUUUUAUGUUACUGGAGUAAUAGGACCUUUUGUGUGAAAAAAAAAGAAAAAAGACAGAUGUUUGUCAGACACAAAAUAACAUGUCACAUCCUUAAGACGUUCAUUGAGUGACGUUCCAGCGUUUCAGCACUCAUCAAGCAAUGAGACCAAAUGCAUAGAUUUACCUAAGUGCAAUUUAGAACAACAAAAAUAGUACAGUAUACUACAGUCAGGUGGCCUUAAUGUAAAACCCAGCGAUUCUGCCAGGCUGCUUGCAUGGACACCGCAUCAAUCUAGUUUACAAGCCUUCAGAUCUCUUCCAAGUCUCCAAAUACUUCAACCUCACACCUCUUCAUGGUUCAUGCCAUUUGAUGUUUAAAGUGAUAGUUCAGAAUUAAAAAAAAAAAAAAAGUCAACUGUUAUAAUUUGCUCAUCCCCAUGCCUUUCCGAUUGCUUUAUGAUUUGAGUUUCUUCUGUAGAACACAAAAGAAGAAAUUUACUAUAAUGUUCAUGCUGCUCUUUUCCAUACCGGAGCCCUUGCACUUCAAAAAGCACCAGAAAAUAUCAUUAAAGUGGUCUAUACGUCUAUAUUUCAAAUCUGCUGAGGACAUAAGUUGUCGUUCACUGAAAA